CAAAAAAUGAAAUUUAUUUGUGUUAAUAAAGUGGAAGAAAAUGAUGCAAAUUAUUGGAAAUCAUUGUUUCGGGAAGUAUUGGCAGAGUUUAUGGGAACUUUUAUGUUGAUUCUGAUCGGCUGUUCGGCAGGAGUGGCCACACAGUCUAAUCCAAAAAAUGAGCCAAAUUUUAAAGUAGACAUUUGGGCCGUUAAUAUUUGCUGGGGUUUUGGAGCUUUCGUUGGGAUUGCGGCCACUUUUAAUAUAACUGGUGGUCACAUAAAUCCCGCCGUUUCGGUCGCAAUGGCAACAAUUGGUAAAUUCCCGUGGAAAAAAGUAAUGCCAUACAUCAUGGCUCAAAUGGUCGGUGCAAUACUCGGCACAGCCGUUGCAUAUUAUGCUUACAUCGAUGUCAUUGACUUACAAAACGAUCACAUUUUGAUAAGGAAUGACACCCGACUUAUAACAUAUGGCCAUUACUUAAGUACCGGCAAAUUCUUUGCCACAUAUCCGCAAGAAUAUGUCUCUUUAUUUGGCUCCAUUGUGGAUCAAGUUGUGGGAACGGCUUCUCUCCUGUUUGCUGUGUCUGCAGUAACUGACGAGAAAAAUCUGAAUAUUCCGAAAGCUUUACAACCAUUUUGUUUGGCAUUUGUGAUCGCAUGUCAUGCCAUAGCCUUCGGUGGCAAUGAAGGCGCACCACUAAAUCCGGCCCGAGAUUUAGGCCCCAGAAUAUUCUCUGCAAUGGUUGUCUACGGGAAAGAGGCCUUCACAGCAUUGGACGGAAACUACUGGUGGUCGGGAGGCAUUGUUGGGCCCAUAAUUGGAGCCAUAGUAGGAGUUUGGACUUACUUUCUGUUUAUUGAUUUACCAAAACCUAAAGAUAAAUGCGAUAACGAUAUGAACUCAAACGUCGAAACGAUGAGAGCGCCACUCGACGGACACAUGACUUACAAGACAUACUUUACUCAGGGAAUGGUUGAGGUGUUGGCCACCAGUGGCUCUCGAGUAAUGAGUGAACAAAUGGCUGACAGGAGGGCAGAGUUGGAGAAGAAGAAACUGAAAUUACAGCAAUUGAGAGAUGAGAAGGAGAGACGCAAACGGGAGAAACAGUCACAAGAAGCCGAUCACACCGAUGGCCACCGAUCUGCCAAAGACCUCGAGGAGGUGGACAACAUCCUCAAGUCGGUCGGCAUUAUUGCACCACAAACUGAUCAAUCGGUGGUCGGAUCCGUAUUGAAUAAGUCAUUGGGCGGUGACUCGAGUCCCGCCGCCGCCAAAGACAGUACUCCUGUGUCCACACAUUCAGUGCCCGUCGAGAGGAAGAGCUUUUCGAUCGUAAACCUAAACCAGACAUCGAUUGCCCCCAAAGAGAGCGUUACGUAUGAAAAGCAGACGCAAACCAUUGGACACAACACCGAAAGAGGAGCACCGUUUGAUUCUCCGUUUGGAAAUCAAAAAUCCAAAAAAGGCGGUCCACUCGACUAUUACGAAUGGGAUGACGAGUUCCAAGUCCUCACGUACGACGAUAACGAGGAUGAAGGCGACGGCUCUCUCUUUGGCUCCUAUAAUAAUAAGCCAAACCUACCGCACGUCGAAAUGGUUAGACCGGCGCAGACACAGCAGGAGCUCACCAAAGAAGAAGACAAAGCAAAGCCUGUGAAGAGAGAGUAUAGCGAUGAGGAGAAGCGACACAUUAUGAUGAGCGAGGAGUUCAAGAAGUUUCUCGAUCGGGCCGUUAGGGUCACCGAAAGAGCUCUUUAUUACAACGAACCCUCGGAUAUAUUCAUUGACUACACGGGCACUCGUGAGGAACUGGAGAAGUAUGUUCUCAAUGUUUCCCAUACACUGUAUUGUAAUCACGAGAUCUUGUUUUAUAGUGAAGACAAGAGUGGGAAUCGUUUGGUAUUCAACCGAUGUUUUUAUGACGAGCGGUGGUGUAAGAAUCGGACCAUAACUUCAUUUGAUUGGUCGACUCAAUACCCGGAGCUAUUGGUUGCCUCAUAUAAUAACAAUGAGGACAACCCUAACGAACCGGACGGUGUGUGCCUUAUUUGGAACAUGAAGUUCAAGAAGUCCAGUCCGGAGUACAUAUUCCACUGUCAGUCGCCGGUUAUGUCCACGUGUUUCGCCAAAUUUCAUCCCAACCUAAUACUCGGCGGCACUUAUUCCGGACAAAUAGUUCUUUGGGACAACCGCUCCAAUAAGAGAACACCCGUCCAAAGGAGUCCUCUGUCUGCCUCAGCCCACACACACCCUGUCUAUUGCAUACAAGUGGUCGGAACACCUAAUUCACAUAAUGUGAUCAGUGUAUCGACUGAUGGAAAGCUGUGUUCCUGGAGUUUAGACAUGUUAUCCCAACCUCAGGACACUAUGGAAUUGAGUCAACAGAAACAGUCGCGACCGGUGGCGGUGUCUUCCAUGUCGUUCCCAUUCGGCGAUUACAAUAACUUCAUAAUUGGCAGCGAAGAGGGGUCGGUGUAUACGGCGUGUCGUCACGGAACCAAAGCUGGAAUACUGGAUGUGUUUGAGGGCCAUCAGGGGCCGGUCACAGCUGUUGACUGUCAUUCAGCGCACUCGCAGAUCGACUUCUCCCAUCUGUUCCUCACGUCGUCCUUCGACUGGACACUGAAGUUAUGGUCGACUAAGGAAAGCAAACCCUUGUAUUCGUUUGAAGACAAUUGUGAUUAUUUAUAUGACGUACGAUGGAGUCCAACACAUCCGGCGCUGUUCGCCAGUGUCGAUGGCAUCGGAAGAAUAGACUUAUGGAAUCUAAAUAACGACACAGAAUUGCCCACCGCUUCCACUAUAGUGGACGGCAAUCCAGCCCUUAAUCGCAUCGUUUGGAACAACUCUGGCAAUCAAGUGGUAGUCGGCGACGACGCCGGCAAGAUAUGGGUCUACGAUGUGGGAGAGCAAUUAUCUGCACCAAAAGGGGACGAAUGGACGAGAUUUAUGCAUACACUGCAAGAACUCAAGAAUAACGCCGAACCCGAGACAGGAGACUACGGCUCAGACACCGCUUAUUCAAGUUUGUCUUCGGCCGCAUCCCUCUCUGCUUUUUCUUCACCUCCCGUUCGCUAAUAUUAUUGAUUUAAUUUUCAAACCAUUGUUUUUUAAUUUAAUAGUAUAUUUAAUAAUAAUAAUAAAGUAUUUAUAUUUUACAUA